UAAAUACUAAAUUUAGAUAACUUUAUUAAUCCCAGUAUGGUCAAUAACUUUUUGACCUGCUCGAAACCAAAGGUGUGACAAGUCUGUGUCUUUGGGACGAGUAGCACAGUAGAUCCCAGUGUCUCUCAAUUGUAAACAAGUCCCUGCUCUUUGGAAAUGUUCUACUCUCAUUUCUGUGUUUAAUGAUUCUUUGUACAGUAGUAACAAAUGUGUAUUUGUAUGCAUUAUAUGUGUGUGGCAGGUGGAGCAAGAGGGUUGGGUUCGUCUUGGGAAAAACCCAAUGGCAUACCACCAGCCUACAUUUCCUGGCUCAAAGAGGACACAGAGAGAGGGCUGUUCACCCCCGUUCAAACCUACAAGGACAUCAGUGGUCUGUGCAAGAGGCGACGUAUAAUUAAAUCGGACCGCAUGUGGUUUUACCCACCUGAACCUCCUGGUUAUGUCAGGGGUGCUCUGCCAACUCCUGAUUUUUUUUUCCGGAGCCGUGUCUUUGUGUGGCGCCCUGUUGGAGUGUGGAGAUACUCCCUGAAGUGUCCUAGAGGCGAUAAGUGUGUUGGUAAGGGGUGGAUUGUGCACUUCUACAAAUCUGGCUACCACUACCGGGUAUGUCACAUCUGUGACAUGUCCAACUGGUACACAAUGCUGACUGAAGUCCUGUGCUGUGGACCUUGUACAAAGGCAGCAAGGAGUGGAGAAGGUAGCACAGUGGGCCGGUGGCUUGCAUGGGAUUCUGCUCUUCUAUUUAUCUGUUGCAAGUUGCUUUGGAUGAACGCGUCCAUCUGCCAAAUGAAGACACCAAAGUAUCGUGAGUGCGGUACUUUGACGUUCUAUACCAGCUCGGUCUGUGCUGCGCCACUGCAUGUCGAACACACCAAUUACCUGCCUCUGUAAAUAGCCCAACAGGCAAUGCUUCGCUGACUUUGGGUCAUGUGGUGAUGCUAUUUUCACUCCGUGAUUUCCUGAUCCGUAGAUUGAGAGGUCCAUCGAUUAAUUGCUAGCUGCAUACCAGCCUAUUGCAUGUUAAGGUGAUUGUCUGCACGGCGGCAGGCCAGAACAACCGUCAGGCCACUGGGAAAUGUCCCGGUGCUCCCGAUGGCCAGUUCGCCCCUGGGUACUGGUGCUGCAGGAAUGUAAACCAGGACCCUGCAGCUGAGUGAAAGACUGCUGGGUCAAUGGAUGUGAACACUGAAAAGACAGACACGAAUGCCUCAUAGCUCACCAGAAUGGUCCUCUGCACCAGCAAACAGAAACUCUGGUGGACGCAGACACCGGUAUGAAAACACACACACCUGGUGUUAAAGUACAUGAAAAGUGAACCCCCUUACUUAUAUUUUAUACUUUACUCACAUGUACCCUUUUGUACAGAUCUUUUGGAAAGACCACCAAUACCAGUCUUCCAGUUUUUAGAAGGAUCACAAAUACCAUAUGCAUACAUUUGCAAGUUCACCAGUACCUGUGUUUUGGAAAUACACACAAAACCUUAGAAGUCAGUAUUAUUCAACACCUAUAACACUCACUUGUGUUUGCAAGUGUUCUUUUUCAAGUUUGCUUAAACAUCAGUACCAGUUUUUCUAGGUGUAUCUAUCCUGCAUCUUGUCUCUCUAUUAGAAAAAGUUAUUUAUAAUAUAGUUAUUAUUACCAUUAACCAAAUUUUCAUGUCAUUUGGAAAAAAAAAACCUGUGCACUAUAUUAAAAGAGCACAACUUGUACAAGAAUAUGAAAAUGGUGGAUUACAAGCUUUUUGACUGUUGUCGUACAAAUGAUAUGCUGAAGGUCAAAUGGCCAAAAACUGUUUUUUCCUUUCCAGAGCUACUGUAUAUUCAGAAAACUGGAUAGAACUGACUUCCUACUGAGAUGUGAUAUUACUGUUUUUAGACUGCCAAUCAAGUUAUCUGCUUUUUACCAACAGGGUUUGUUUUAUUGGAAAUUAUUAUAUUGUCACAAUUUUACCCCACAUAGAACCCCAAUAUGGAACAACAGAUUUCUCUUACCAAGAUACGAUAAAGUCUCUAAGUAUUCUUGAGUGGCUUUAAAAGGGUGUUUGUUUGUCAUUUAAUGGAUGAAGAUGGGAAUCUUUUAACCUUCAAUGAUUUUUGUACUAAAUAUAAUUUAUAUUAAGAAAGCACACUAUUUGGGUGUGUUUUAAAUGCUAUUUCAAAAAUUUUCAUAAACCUACUACAAAACACUUCAUGCCAGAUGUAUCAUGUGAAAUCCCAUCUCCUUACUUUAAUGGUACUGACCUCAGGGCACUGCUUCCCAAUAACCUUAAUCCCUUUUGUUUCAAUUCUAUACUUUAUCCAACAUCUCUCACCACUUUUGCUCUGGGGAAAGUAACUUGGCAAGUAAACACACAUCUAAUAAUAAUGCAGAAUACCAUACUGGAUUGCAUAACAAUAAUUAGUGAGAACAUAGCCAUAGUUAUUUAAUCUGCAUUGUAUUGCAACUAAAAUUUUCCUACUACACAGUUUCCGGAAAUUUCCACAACGAAAAAGCUAUCUGGACACUAAGAAAUCUGGAAAGAAGACCAUAGAAUUGU